AGGCUCCUUAUCGGCUCCCCAUCGGGGCGUCGCCUCCCGUCGCCUUCAAAACGGGCGGCGGUGACGGGGCGGCCGCAUCUCCCGUCCCAGCCCGUACUUGCCCGUCCCAGUCCGCAGCGGGCGGCGAACAGAACCAUGCUGCACUGGGGAUACGAUGAGCACAACGGGCCUGCCCACUGGAAGGAGGUUUUUCCUGUUGCCAAUGGAGACCGUCAGUCACCCAUUGACAUCAAAACUGAGGAAACCAAGUAUGAUCCCUCUCUCCGUUCUCUAAAUCCCAAUUACGAUCCAGCUUCUGCUAAAAUCAUCCUUAACAAUGGGCACUCCACCAGUGUCGAGUUUGAUGACAGCGUCAACAAAUCAGUGCUGACUGGGGGACCACUCAACGGGACCUACAGGCUGCGGCAGAUUCACUUCCACUGGGGAUCCAAUGAUGAAGCCGGCUCUGAGCACACAGUGGAUGGGAUGAAAUAUGCAGCAGAGCUUCAUGUGGUCCAUUGGAACUCAGAGAAGUAUUCCAGUUUUGUUGAGGCAGCUCGUCAGUCAGAUGGAUUAGCAGUCAUGGCAGUAUUUCUGAAGAUUGGUGAAUGCAACCCUCAGCUGAAGAAGAUUACUGAUCGCUUGGACACCAUCAGAAUCAAGGGUAAAAGAGCACUAUUCACCAACUUUGAUCCUAGCUGUCUGCUUCCCAAGUCCCUGGACUACUGGACUUACUUUGGCUCUCUCACUGUUCCUCCUCUUCUUGAGAGUGUCAUCUGGAUUGUUCUGAGAGAGCCCAUAAGUGUUUGUUCGGAACAGCUAGCCAAGUUCCGCAGCCUCCUGAGCACAGCUGAGGAUGAAGUUGCCUGCUGCUUGCUGAGAAACUACCGCCCUCCCCAGCCUUUAAAAGGACGAGAAGUCAGGAGGAAUUAAAGGAGUAAAGAUAGAAUAGUCUUCCUCUGAAACCAAAGGCUGAAUUAAUUUUAAUAGCUAAUAUUCUUAAUGAUUUUUUUUUUUUUUGGUGAGUUGUUUUAACAAGUAGGUGUUGUUUUGUUACUGGUUACCAUGCAAUCAUUUCUAACAGACAAGUAUGUCCUGAGCUGCUGCAGGUUCAUCAAUUUUAACAGGUCUGACUGUGUUUGAGUGCAUUGGUUUGGGAGUAUUGAGGCAUUAACAUGCACAGAGUGCAGUGCUAGUCAUAAGUUUCAGACGUGGUAAAGGAGUUGUCCAGAAUUUGCCACCAAAUUACUGAACAGGAUCUCUGAUAUUAAUGGUAUCAAAGGAUGCUAUGGAAUUAUUAUUUUGGUCUCUAGCAUAACAUUUAGCUUCUAAAUAAGACUUCACACUGUAAUUCUCAAGAAAAAGAUGUUUCAAAGCUGAUACAGUAUCAUUGCUGACUUCUGCAAUACCACGCUUACCUUCAUACAAAAAGCAGUAAUGACUGCUUUUAAGUAAAACAGAUAUAUGCAUAUGAUCCUGUUAUUCUGACUGCUUUAUAGUAGUAAAUAUGUCCUGAUUUUUAAUAUUUUUUAAGCAAACAGUAAGGAUUUUGUAUAUUCUAGGAUCAUGUCAGAUGGAUUAGGUAUUCCUGAAUUCCACCACUUGUAGUGAUGCAAUUGUCCUGAAAACUUAAAGAUGGAAGGGCACAGAGGGAAUUGUUUGUUCCUAAAUCCAGUCUGUUGCACUUGAUGAACAGUAAAGGACUAUAACACUAUACCUAUGUAGCAUCAGACUCCUACUACUUAAAAACAGGAGGCAGGGGUAGCUGUUGCUCCAGACUGUUUCCUGCUAGACACAUUGCACACUGCAGUGUGAAGCACAUGCUGCAUACCUCACGUCUUGCAGUGGAACACAGCACUACUCAGGUAUGUAAUGUAUCCUCGGUACUGGCUAAUGUUCUGCUAUAAUAGCUGAAUUUGGGUGGGUUGCACUUCUUUUCCAAGACCAAAGAUAGCAGUUAGACCAAGCCAAAGAAAUCAGAAUCAAUUCAAUAUCUAAUAAAAGAUCAGCCGUCAGCAGCAAUUGUUGAAAUGUCUGUCUUGAAUGAAUUUACUUGAGCCUGUGUUUCUCUCAGGAGCUUUUGUUAUCUGAAUAUAAUUGUUUGGUUUGUGUCAAAUUGAUUUUUAUUAUUUUUAAUGAAUUUACCACAGGAUAUAGCUAGUAGAGGAUUAGGUUUACCCUCAGACUGUGAGUACUAAAUAGUGAAAGCCAGUGAUACCUAAGCUAAAGAUUUCAUGAGCAGCAACUACCACCAGUCUCUGCAGUAACUUGUGACCAACUCGUCUUCUGUGACUGCUCUGCAUGAGUUUGUGUUUUUAUAGGUUUUAUAUGCUGUACCUUUUACCUCAAUAGGCCUUUUGAUCUUAGAUGGAUAAAUAUGAGGGAAAUCACAAUCAGGAUUGACUUUAUAUACCUUCUUAUAACUGAAUAAAUUAGACAUAGAGACAUAGAUAUUUUAGUUUAGAUUAAGAUAGGUGGAUUUUUUGUUUGUUUGUUUUCUCUUCCCCAGUAUAUAGCUACUGUUGCUGCAAGGCCUCUCAACACCUGCUGAAUGUUUUCUGAAUAAAGAGCACAAAUAGACCAUGGGAAAAAUAAAAGGCAUUUGGCAGUGGCAUAAAGAUUAGCCAAAGAGGAAAAACCUGCAGAUAGUUUUUGUUUUCUGGCAUAGGGAGAAGAAUGCAGCUGAAAAGACCUCACAUUGGUUCUUUAUGAAUGAGGAUGUCUGGAAAAUGUGCAUGAAGAAUGCAGGGGCGUAUGCGUGCUUUCAUACUCUUUUUUAGUCUUGGUGUUGAAUCUGAUAUGUUUCCUUGUCAUGUGAAUAGCUGCAGAACAUGAAUAAAAUGUUUACAAAUG